AUGUUACGACUCAUUAAUACUACUGCUAAUAGGAACAAUUUUAAGUUUAAUCCUAGCAAAUUUUACAUUGAUGUGGAUUUAAAUAUCAUACCUGCUAUUGAAGAAACGUUUGGGAGAGGAAUAUCCAUUAAAUUAUCUUUAUUCCACUAUGCAAAUUCCAUAUGGUAUAAAGUUAAAAGCUUAGGGCUAUCACAAAAUAAUGAUGUUAAUAUAAAAAAAACAAUACGUCGUAUAUGUUGUCUCGCUAUGGUCCCUAUUGAACAAAUCGAAGACACCUGGAUUAAAAUUAAAGAAGAAGCACCACAGAACGAAAAUUUAUUGGAACUCGUAAGCUAUAUUACUGAAACAUUUAUGAUUUCAAAUGUCGGUCACAAGUUUGAUAAAACUGUAUGGAAUCACUACGACACGAACAAUAUAAAAACUAUAAACCACCUAGAAGGAUGGAACGAUUUUAUUGACGAAGAUAUAAAUAAAUCGUAUCUGACCAUUAAAAAUUUCGUUAUUAAAUUGAAAAACAAACAACAAAGCUUCGAAAUGGACUUUAUUAAAAAUCAUGAAAAAUCCAAUGAAAUUUCAACGUUUCCCAAAAAAUUCAAGUCUAUAGAAAAAAAAUUUAAACGCGCAAAAGAAAGGCUUGAAAAUGGGACAAUUUCUGCAAUGGAAUACCUGGAUGAAAUAAUUUAA